CUCGACAAACGGAUACUCUCGUCCACUUCUCUCUUCCAAUUGCUCCUACGACUAUCCUCACGAUAAUCCUCCUCCUACGUCUCGCUCGCGACUGCGACGUCCAUGUAACGCCUGCCCGUCUACUAUGGCGAAUAACUGCUUGUCGAGUGCGAGCGACGACCGAAAGCUCGCGCCGCACCGCGACGCCAUUUUCUAUUAGGCUCCGCCGAGCGACAGGGUCGUAUUAAACGGAUACGACCCUGACGAAAAUUUCUCCCAUUUUUUCCCCCAUUUCGUCUUUAACUUGCUCAAAUUUCUUCAAUUUUUUCGAGAAUUUCACUAUUUUACAAGAAACACAAGGCACAAAAUAUCUUUUACAUUUAUAUACACGCAUACACGGUACACAAUGUGUUGUAUGUCGAGUGGAGCAACGAGGAGGGCAAUUUUCAGCAAAUCUAAAGCGAGAGGAAACAAUGCUCAAGCGAUACCGUCGCUGACCGUCGCAACUGUCACAAGUCACAACUUCACAAGUCGGAUCGAAUUUGCAGCGAUGUUAACUCGAGUGUGAAAGAGCAGCCGUGUUCACGUUCGUGUAAACCCCGUUUAGCCGUUUAGCCAUUUAGCCGUUUAGCGUAGCAGUGGCCCUUUCUCGCGCGUUAAAUUACCUCGCUCGUACUUUUAUCUCUCUCAUCACGCGAAAAACAUGUCGGAUCUCGUCGUAAGAUUACGAAAUUUGCGACAAAUUACUAAGAGUCGCGACAAUCGCAAUCAUACGAGGCAAACAACGUUACAGUUAUUCCAAGACCGGGAUCGCGAACGUGACAUCGUCGCGGAAAUUGGACCAGCUACUCCACGGAACAGAGCAUGGGCCAGCUCCUUUCUUCCCUCUUAUACACCCCAAUUAUUUGUAACCUCUCCGAUAGCGAUUAGGACCGUGCCUGUACCUCCAAACGCUCCCAUCAAACCAAGGAAAUCUUUCCCCAAAGAAGGUUUAAAACCGAAAAAGCUUCAUUUUACAGAUAAUGAAACAGAGAAAGAAAACUCCUCUCAAAAGAGCACACAACUUUCAAAGCAACAAGACCAAUCAAAUCAAAGCUAUAAUCGCGAUAGCUUGAGUAAUGUAUUGCAAAAUUUGCGACUCGAGUUAGACAACAAGGAGAAUAUGCGAUAUGGACUGGGACGACAUGAAAGAAAAAUGAAAAAUAAUCGUUCUGUCGCGAAGGAACGUGUAAAAAAUCACUAUGAUUCUUCGCAAUCGUCAAAAUUAAACUCUUGUGAGAAAAGCGAAUUUGUAUACUUUCGUAUAUAAGUUGCCGGAAUCAAUUAUUAUAUCAUCAUCAGACUAGCACAGUAAUAAUAAUAAUAAUGGUAAUGAUGACGAUUAAAUGUGUUUAUGAAUUAAUGAGUUCAUUGAAUAUUAUUAAGUUACUCAGUAUAAUAUAUCACAAUGAUAAUUGAAUCACUAUACUCGUGAUUAAUUAAUUAAGCACUAUGCACAAAUGUGAUUAUUAAAUCAGUACAUAAAUAAUAAAUAUAUUGAUUAAACGAUUAUUGUGUACAGGAUCAGUAUCAUGGUAAUUAUUAAUUAAGUAAUGAAAAUGUACAACUUUUAAAAUGGUAUAGAAUACAUUUUCUUGUAAUAAGCUUGUAUAACUGUUAUUACAUUAUCAUUAUUUUUACAUAAAUAAGUAAUCUAGAUGUAAUUAUAAUUACGUGAGUAAGUGCAUUUAUUUUGAAAAUUAAAUAAUUAUCUUGCAAGGGUAAUAACUAAUUCUUUCAAGCUCUGAAAUUUUUUAUGCUUUGAUAUUCAAAUGUAUACCCUUUCAUUAAUAUAUGUUUUAAUAUCGUUCGCCAAGAAUAAAGAAACAAACUAAUGACGAGAUUUGUCAACGUGCGAAGGAAUCUGGUUUCCUUUCCUUUCUUUUUUUACAUUUCGCCAACUGCCCUGCCGUAUUGUCACCGUGUGUGAAGCAAAGAUGAGAAAUUAUUAUGGAUAUAACCACAAAGAGACAUGUGUAUGUGGAUCGAGUGCAGGAGAAAUAAUUUGGAAUUGCGAAAUAAAUUCAAGUACGUGUCCAUCAUUUACUCUAUUACGUAUUAAUAUAUAUAUUAUUACUCGAGUAAUACUAUUUAAAGUAACAUUACCCAUACAGCACAGAAAGCUUUCAGAGAUAUUUAAGAAAGGUAAUUUCAUCCGAAAAUUAUAAUUAUAUUAUAGUUAUCCUUCAAAAACAUUUGACAUUUCUUUGUAACAAUAAAAAUAAAAAUAAAAUAAAUAUACAAAUUGACACAAGCCGAAUUAUGCCUUAUGUGCAGCCUUCGAAAUCAGAUUCUUUGGGGUCAGACAAGUGUGUUUUUACGAAAAACCGGCAAUUUGAUUGGUUAUACGUUUUUAGGAUCGAGAUCUUAGACUGAUUUCUAGCAUCGUGGACACAAUUAAGGCUUUUAGGGUCGAUUUUUCUAACCUUUUGGUAAACUAACUAAUAGAUCAAUCAUAUAAUUAUUUUUGUUUUUUUUCUUCAAAUUACACACAACAGGUUAGAAAAAUUAGUCCUUAGUC